AUGGCGAAAGGACGAAAUACAAAAGUGAACAAACGACAGGCUCCCAGGCGACCUAGAGAUGUCGAAGAGAGAGCGUCUUCUUCAUCUAGCUCAGAAGAAUGUUCUGAUGAAUCAGGUUCCGAAGAAGCAGAGGAGUUUGAAUUUCCAUGCAAGCUAGCUAUGUAUGAUUUCAAUCAGUGUGACCCUAAAAGAUGCUCGGGACGUCGUUUAAUGCGGGUUGGUAUGAUAGAGGAAGUUCGUCUUGGUGCUCGCUUUCCCGGGUUGAUGCUUAGUCCGACAGGAACAGCUACGCUUUCUCCUCAAGAUAAGGACUUCAUUACUGCGCAUGGAUUAGGGGUAGUGGAUUGUUCUUGGAAUGAAGUAGAACGAACUCCUUUACACAAGGUUAGAGCUCCAGAGCAUCGUCUUUUGCCAUACUUGGUAGCUGCUAACUCUGUGAAUUAUGGACGACCUUGCAAGCUUACCUGUGCUGAAGCGCUAGCAGCCGGACUAUAUAUAGUGGGCUAUGAAGAAGCUGCUAGUAAACUAAUGACCGCCUUCACUUGGGGACCACAUUUCAUCGAACUCAAUAAGGAACUAUUGGAUAUGUAUGCUAGCUGUACAUCAUCGGAAGAGGUGAUCGAAAAGCAAAAUAAGUUUUUGGAACGGGCAGAACAGGACGCCCUUGAAGAGAAGAAUAAACCUAUCGACUUUCCUCCUUCAGAAAGUAGUGAAUCUGAUUAUGAAUGA